AUGGCAGCUUUCCAGCCGCGCGUCCCAGUGACAUUUUAUGCUGUCUUAUUGAUAGUGUCGCAACAGAUUCAGAUGGUCGCUGCAUUGCCGACCUUGACCGCGAGAUCAGACACCACGGCCUCUGACGGUGGUCUUUCGCAACCAGAGAAAAUAACUCUAUACGUUGUCGCGGCAGUUGGUGGACUAUUUGCUAUUAUGGGGGGUGUGAUUUACAUCUUGCGUACACGCCAUCUGAAUGAAUGUCGAAAUCAAUCCCAGAAGAUGACACAAUCUCUUCUGAAAACCCUCCCCAUAGUCCAAUACAACAAUGGCAAUGGGCACUGUCCAAGCAUGCGGGCAUCAAGCAUCGGCUCCGAUGAUUCCAUGGAUGAGAAAAUCGAAAAGCAAAGGAAUACAGCCUGUCCGAUCUGUACGGAUGACUUUAUUGAAAAUCAAAUGCUGCGCAUUUUGCCAUGUGAACAUCAAUACCAUAUGAAAUGCAUUCAAGAUUGGUUGUCCCGGGGUUCGAACUGUCCAGUGUGCCGAAUUGAAUUGACUUCGCCGAUCAAAGAAAGAUCUGCAAAGCAUGUGGAUCCGUCAGACGUCGAACAGACAUGCUAUCCGCAAACAUAUCCGCGAGCAAGUGAUGGACACGCGAAGAAGCUCCAUAAUCGCUUGCUGAGACAUCUUUAUAGUGUCGGCUUGGGGCAGCACUAUAACAGUGCUUGA